GGGAACUUCCUGCUUCAGUGUUAACAAUGCUAUAAUUACGAGUUUUUAUAUCUGGUAUAAUUGAUUAAUCGAGCCACGGUCUCACCCUUUCGCACAUUUUGCACAGAACACAAGAAGCCCAAUGGCCAACGAACCUGGGAAGCCGACCUUGAGGUCACGCUUCUGCACCGUCUUGGACCACGAGGUGCUAGAUCCGAAUGAGUACAUGGUGCACUUCGCCAAGCGGAGGAAGGAUGAGCUCAUAAUCGAGAGCCAGAUGUGCGGUUGGUGCUACAAACUGGAUUUUGAAAACCUCGAAACACCCAAGUUGUCCGGGAAGCAGUCCCCCAAACUUUCGGAUGCGCGCAUCAGCCAGCGGAGUACCAGCCCACCAGGAGCAGGAGGAGGAACAGGAGGAGCAGCAGCAGGAGCCGGAGCAGAGAUCCCCGGUCCAUCCACUUCGAGUGAUGCCUUGGUGCGGGGUAUUCAACCCUGGUUGGGCAAAAGUAUUGCGUCCUUGGAGUUCUCGGUAGAAGAUCCUUAGGUCCCGAUACUGAUAAAUUUGUAAUAUUUUUCAAUAAAUAAUACGACGUCUGCCUUAAAAACAUGCAGCAGCAAUGAUACUUUCUUUUGACAUCUCUUUAUUUCUAAGUAAUACAAACUAAACAUAACCGAAUUUGAGAAGAAUAAA